AUGGCGCAGAACCCAGCGCCCAAUCAGGGGCCACCGCUUGACGAGAUUCAAUGGCGCGCCCCGGUUUCAUUCGAGGGAGGCAUUCACAACAACAGCGUCCUCUACUACUUCGCCCAGUCGCCCUUCUACGACAAGACUUCCAACAAUGAGGUCGUCUUCCAGCAGGGCCUAAACAACCCGAACAUGACACCUUUUCUGGCGACGCGUGAGCUCUUCGAAGGUCGCCUCAAGACGAUGUCUGGGCUCGAGUUCAUCGUUGCCCAGGAACCUGCCGAGACGGGACCCGGCGCGGGGACCGGCGUUUGGGUUAUCAACAAGCAGACUCGGCGCAAGCGGCAGGGCGAGGAGGACGAGAUCACCCUGCAUGCGGUAUACUUCAUGGUGGGAGACAACAUCUACAUGGCACCCAGUAUGGCCGACAUUCUUAGCUCCAGGAUAGCCUCGCUUUCCACGGGGGUGUCGCAGAUCCUCUCCACCGCCUCAAGCAUAUCAUCCUGGUCUCCCGCCCGGGGACGUAUCUAUCCGACGCCAGCAGCCAAGGCGGGCGCCUCCGCGGCUAGGCCGCGUGGACCAGCAACCACAUACAGCGCCAACCUCCCCGAUGCCUCCGUUUUUCAAGAGGCUCUCGCCAUACACCACCAGUUUGGCAACCAGUACAUGAACGAAAACCCAAUCACCGGCAGGCCUGGCGACUUCCACCUGUCUUCAACUGGCCGGAAAGGUGUCAGUCUUUCUGCCGCAGCGGCUGGCAACGCUAAGAAGGCGGCCCUCAUGCCGACUUUGCCAGCGCUCAACACCCAAGUCGGAGCCGAGAAUCCGCUGGCCGCCAAGCCAUCGGGUAAGGAGAACAAGAGCCCGAAGACAGCUGGUGGGAGCAGUGCGACGCAGAAGGGGAAGAAGAGGAAGGGGAGCAAGGCUGGGGUGACGCCGCAGUAG